UACACAUACAAUUUCCUAAUGGUGCAACUUCAACAACCUUUGCUUUUCUUUUUGUUCUUCCUCAUACUUCAUCUAUAUGCAACAGGGGUGAUUUCAGCAAAUUUUACUAUAGUUAACAAAUGUAACUACACUGUAUGGCCAGCUUCAACUCUAAGUGGAAGCGGUUUCGUUUUAAAACCGGGUGAGACUUCCACAAUCACUAUACCCGCCAAAUGGGAUGGUUUUGUCUGGGGCCGGACACUCUGCACGACAGAUUCAACCACUGGGGGCUUCUCUUGCAUCACUGGUGAUUGUGGCACGGGAAAAGUUAAAUGUGAAGGCCGCGGAUCCCCACCUGCUACACUGGCGAAAUUCAGAUUGAACGGUCCAAACAAUCAAGAUUUUUAUGACAUCAGCAUUUUAGACGGUUACAACAUUCCAAUGGAGGUAGUUCCCUCCACUGGAAAGUGUAACAACACGAGUUGUCCCGUGGAUCUAAACACGGGGUGUCCAACGAAGUUGAAGGUGACACAAAAUGGAACAGUUGUGGCAUGUAAAAGUUCUUGUUGGGGAAAUUGUAACGAGACAAGUGCAGAUGUUAAUGUUAAGAUAUUCAAGACGGCGUGCCCUCAAGCCUAUAUUUUAACGAAUGAUGUCAAGACGUUUUCCUGUUCGCAUACUGAUUACCAAGUGGUCUUUUGUCCGGCCUCCGGUAACGUCAGGUUAGAAAAUACUCUCAUAUCUUUUACGCUUAAGAAGGAAAUAAAAUACUUCAAAAAUCAGUUCAAUUGA